AUCGAUGAGAACUUUUGGACCAAAAGGCUUGUUAGCAUUAAAAUAAUCUUGGUGAGAGAAUUUUGCUGAAUUCCGGACUAGAAACUUUCGUCACAUUACAACGCACUAGCUACGAUGGAUACUUGGCUGCAACCAGUUUUUACCGAUCUUAUUGAAAACAAGAAGUUUUCUGAUUGCCGCAUAUCUGUGGGGACCGAAGCCUUUGAUUGCCACAAAGUGAUUCUAGCAAGUGCAUCCGAGUUCUUUGAGCGCAUGUUCCUGGGGGAUUUCACGGAGUCAAAAUCGGGCCAAUUUAUUGUGAACGAUGUAAAGCCGGAAACGUUCGGACAUUUCCUGCAGUACGUUUACACUUACAACAAGGAGCACUUGAAGAAACACAGCAGCACAAUACUAAUGGAACUGUUAGAGGUUGGAACCAAGUGGCUGGUGGACUCAAUUCAAUCCGAUUGCGUUGAGCUCCUCGUGAAGCGAGCUAAAGAGAUGAUGGUAGGCGAUCUCGUCGAACUAUUUCAGGCUGCGCACAACAUAGACAACAAGUCGUUGAUCGAUGAGGUCAAUAAGAACCUCAAGCAAAGAUUUGGACCACGCAUGAAUUGCUUCGAUAGUCUCGUGCUCACAUCAGACGUCUUCGAGCAAUAUCUCAUUCUCACCGAUGGUCUUCUGGAAGAGAUCGAACGGUUCAAAAUGGUCGAGGCCUACGUUAACGUAAAUGGGUUACACUAUGCUGGAACGUCGGAGCGCUCUGGAGAUGAUGAAGCCGAUAAAAAAGAAGAAUCUGAUGUUGGGAAGAUUGAGAACGAGAAGCUUAGCAGUACUAAGACUCUGACAGGGGGGGAGAUUAAAGACGAGAAGCCUGGCAGUUCCAAGGAACUGUGCGAGGUGAAACACGUGGAUAAUACUGACGCGAACACUCUCGAGCUCCAUGCAGGGGACCGAAACGAAAUUAAGCUUGCGGCUAUACAUUCAAAAUAUGUCCGCACGCUUUUGGGACACAUAAAAUACGAAAAAAUGACCAAGAAUCAGUUCUACGCAGUUGUUGGCAAGUCAAAUUUGUUGGAUUUUAAAGAAAAGUUCGAAUAUCUCAGCCUAACUAUGUGGGAUGAAAACGAAAGCGAAGGGGAAAACGAAGAUAUCCGCGAACUAUCUACACUAUUUAUUUAG